GAUGCUGGCGCACUGCCGUUGGUCCUGAGGGCCUGCGGACUCCAGUUCCCGGCAGCACGCGGUGCCUUCACUGCUGAUAGUGGUCAGUAACGGUAUUUACCCUGCUGGAGGUGCGCGGCUUUGGGGCAGAAUGGCUCAGGUGCCCCCGACGUUCGAUGACGUGGCCGUGUAUUUCUCACGCAGUGAGUGGAACAGCCUGAGCCCCACUCAGAAGGAGCUGUACAAGUGGGUGAUGAGGGAGAACUACGAGUGGCUGCUCUCUCUGGGUUACUCCGCAGACAAGCCGGAUAUCGUGGCCCGGAUCGAGGUGGGAGAGGAGCCGUGGUCCGACGGCGGCCCAGGUGAGAAGCAACGCGGGGUAACGAAUAACCCCUUCCACGCCAGAACCCUAUCAGGCGCAGCGGCCGUCGGAUCGUAUAAUGUCAAGCGCUUCAUAUGGGAAAGGAUUCUCCGCGAGGAGAGCUUUACCCGCGCUCCUGGCACCCAUGUGAUCCGAUGCGAGGAUCCCCCGCCGAGCGCCUUCCACGGGAUCCUUCUUAAAACCACCGAGAGUCCGUCUUCCGGCGAGUCGUAUCCGUGUCAGCAAUGUGACAAGGUGUUCCUGCUGAGACCGGCCCUCCUCCGGCACCUGAGGACUCACACGGCGUGGAAGCAGUACCAGUGCCGCGAGUGCCACGACACGUUCUUCCAGAAAUCCGACCUCAUCAAACACCUGCAGAUCCACAGCGGGAAGCGGCCGCACCUCUGCAGCGAGUGCGACAAAGCCUUCGUCCACCACUCCGAGCUCGUCAAGCACCAGAGGACGCACACGGGCGAGAGACCCUACGCCUGCGCGGAGUGCGCCCGACGCUUCGUCCAGAAGUCUGCGCUCAACAAUCACAUGAGGACGCACACGGGCGAGAAGCCCUUCAAGUGUCAGCAGUGCGACAAGAGCUUCUCGCAGAACUCUGAUCUUGUUAUUCACCUCCGGACCCACACCGGGGAGCGGCCCUACCGGUGCACGGAGUGCGACAAGGCCUUCGUCCGCAGCUCGGACCUCAUGAAGCACGAGAGGACGCACACGGGCGAGAGACCCUACGCCUGCCCCGAGUGCGACCGCCGCUUCGUCCAGAGGUCGGCCCUCAACAAUCACAUGCGGAAGCACACGGGCGAGAAGCCGUACGGCUGCGAUCGCUGCGGCAAGAGGUUCAUCGAGAACUCGUAUCUGGUGAAGCACCUGAGGAUCCACACCGGGGAGAGGCCGUACUCCUGCCGCGUCUGCGGCCUCUGCUUCAGCACGCACUACGCCACGGUGCGGCACGAGCGGACGCGCCAUUAGGACUCCCUCCGGACGUGGCAGCCGUUCCGUCAGGGACAUCGUCCCCGCCGGGCCAUGAGCCGCCAAACAGGAAGCGUUACCGAUAUACAGACCGCGGAAAGCAAUUCUUACUUUAUUACUUGUAUCAGGUAAAAAGAUUAAAAAUGCUGUGCAGCCGUUUG